AGUUACUUCCGGUAGGAACUUUUCUCUGUCGCCCUGUCAAACUUUUAAUAACAGAAGAUAUGAGUAUUAUUUUAUUGGGUCAUUACGUUUAUAUGAAGUAGUUUAAUGAAUUAAAACGUUUUGUAUAAAUAUUAUAAACCAGAUUUUGUUUAUCUCUACAAACGGACCCGGUCCUGUUUUGGUGUCGGACUCGGAGCUGACACUCGUGUGUUCGAUGCUGGUUCGAUGGCCUCCUCGGCUCCGGACGUGACCCUGGUGGGAGUGUGUGACGCGGAGCUGGACCCGGACAGACACCGGUCCUCGUACCUCACCAACAAGGUGGGGGGGCAGCCGGACUGGUUACCGGGCAUCUCCCCGCUGUGUCCCCGCUGUGCUCGCUGCGGAGCCCCGCUGAGCCAUGUGGUGCAGGUGUACUGCCCCCUGGAGGCCUCCCCCUACCACAGGAGCCUCCACCUGUUCGCCUGCCCGGGGCCCGCGUGCAGCCGCGGGCCGCAGGGCUGGAGGGUGCUCCGCUCCCAGGGUCUGGAGAACCAGGGGCAGCAGCGGGCCCCCAGCCGGCCCGCCCCGGCACAGGAGGCUCCUCUGGCGGCCACUGACUGGUGUGACACCGCUGAUGACUGGGGCCUGGAGGAGGAGGGUUGGGGAGGAGGUGUGGUGAAGAAGCAGGUUCGGGAGGAGGAGGAUGAGAUGAAGGAGGAGGAGGAGGAGGAGGAGGAGGAGGAGGAUGUGAUGAAGGAGCAGGUUCCAGAGGAGGAGGAGAAGGAUGUGAUGAAGGAGCAGGUUCAGGAGGAGGCAGCAGCUCCUGAAGCAGGAAGUCUGAGCAGCAGACUCCAGGACCUCAGCCUGGGAGAAUCACACGAUGACCUCCUCGUCUUCCGCUCGUUCUUCAUCAGCGUGGUGCAGGAGUCGGACCUGUGGGGCGAGGAAGACGAGCUGGAGCACGCUCAGGAGCUGCUGAGGGAGUACGAGGGCAGAGAGGGCGUGACCGUGAGGAAGCUGGAGGGCGAGGGCGGCGGCGAGGAGAAGUACGAGAAGUCCCGAGCCCGACACGGAGACGCCUUCUUCUCCAGGUUCAUGAAGAGGAUCUCGCUCUGUCCUCAGCAGAUCCUACGCUACUGCCGCGGGGGGGGGAUGCUCUUCAUCUCCGAGCCGCCGCCCCACGUGGCCCAGGUGGUGUCGGCGUGCGGCUCCUGUGGAGGAGCCAGGACGUUCGAGCUGCAGCUGAUGCCGGCUCUGGUCAGCCUGCUGCAGAGGACGGACGGGGGGGGCGGGGUGGAGCUGGAGUUCGGGACGGUCCUGGUGUUCACGUGUGUGAACAGCUGCUGGACGGCGGGCUCCCGAUCCGCUGUGGAGGAGUUCUGCUUGGUUCAGACCGACCCGGACCAGCAGCUGUUUAACUGAGCCCACAGCUGGACUGGUCUGAUCGUCACUGCAGGACACUGUGAUGUCACCGGGGGGCGUGGUCACAGGUAUCACAGCCCGCCCAUAUCUGGGAUGUCUGACGUGAAACAGACGUGAAACAUUCAGGCAGAGACAGAAGCAGAAAAACAUGAUAACUGGUUUAUAUUUAAAUAAAAGAACAGAUUUGGUUUCCGACGGAGAAGAGUGAUCGUUUUGUUUCUGGGUCCAUUUUUCCCAGAUGACAGUUUCCAAAAAGGUGUGGGUGAGGUUGUAAAGUGGUACGAUCCCUCCCCCUGACCUCAAGUACCAAGUAACUUUAAAUACAAAUACUCAAGUAAAGUUUCUGAAACUCUUCUUAAACACUGAGCAACUUUAUCUACCUGAAAGCAGCAGCUUGAAUAAAGUGAGUCUGAUGUGUGAGUGUGAACAUGAGAAAGUUUCCUCCUUCUCUCCCUGAGCGUCUGUUCUCUGUGACUCUGCUGAGUGGGUUCCAUCUCCUGAGAGAACAACUGACUGAGAGUCACAGACACAACCAGCUGCAGCUGAACUGAGAUCAGUUAGAAACACUCUGAAGUUAUUAACAACCAGAGUUUAUCUCCAACAUUCAGCAGGAAACUGUUAAAACAUGAAUGUUUGUUAUAGAUUAAGAUGCAUUUAUUAGUCCCAAACACAGUCACACUCAUGCAGGUAGGGAAAUUUAACUUCUGCUUUUGACCCAUCUGGUGCAGGACACACAGAGCAGUGAGCGACCAUGUACAGCGCCCAGGGAGCAGAUGGUGGGGGAGUAAUGUGCCUUGCUCAGGGGCACUAGACAGGGUAGGGAGACUCUUGGAUUUUUGGACAGAUCAAUCCAGGUUCGUGUUUUGUUGUUUAUCCGUGGAGUCGAACCAGAGACCUUCUCUGCCCAUAGUCCAAGUUUCUACCACUAGUCCACAGCCACGCUGCAGCUCUUCAGGUUCAGGAAGCAGAGGAUCAUGGGUAAUAUCCAGUGUUUAGGUGUGUGUGUGUGUGUGUCAGCUCACUAGGUCGCUCAGUCAGAAUCAACACUUCAUGACUCAGACACAGAGACCAACAGAGUUAUUCACCACAUGUGGCUGCAGGGGGCGCUCUCAGCUUCUCUGGAUCUUUCCUGCAGCAGCUAAGCAGCAGAACCUGCUCUGACCUUUGACCUCCCUCUGGUGAAAGGUCGCUGCUCAAUGAACCGACAGUAACAUGAACAAUAAACUGUUGAUUAUUUCUAAUUAAAAGAAAAACACAGAA